AUGCCGGCGGAUCGUCUUCUCACAAAUGUGCUACGCGCAUAUCAGAGUCCCUCUGAUCCGGUACAAGUCAGCAAGAUUCUGUCCACCACAACCUCCCUUUUAACGACUCUCUCCAACCCUUUGAACGUUACUCUUCUCACCUCACAUCUACUCACUGCGCCUGCGAUAUGGAACCAAGUCGAUGGACUAAAUACGAGUCUCCGAAUCAUCAGUGUAUUCAAUACAGCCGCGAUCACUGUACAUAAGCAUCAGGCCGAGGGCCAUUCCAAGCCAUACGAUGCGUAUCAACCGCGUCUGGGAGGCGGAAUAGCGACCGACGACUGGGCACGAGCUGUGGUCAAAGGCUUGGAUGAACGAACGCCGAGAUGGCAACACGUAUUGGUACUUUGUGGGCUGUUGAUUGGAAUGGAAGGGCAAGAGAGACAAGGACUAUCGCGAAGCCUACGGACCACACUAGAGAAUGCCAUGGUCACGGCAGUCAACCUGGCUUUGGAAAGCCCGGCAAGCGCAGGUGCCACGGGGUCCGGAUCAGUGGUAUUGGCUCUCAAUCAUGCGUUCCCUCUCCUAUCCGACGGAGUCAGGACGGGGCUGAAUUAUGAUAUUUUGAUUAUGCCGACAAUCAAGGCCAUGGUUUCUGCUGAUGGGUACCAGGAGGGAUACUUUCUCCAGGCCAUCGACUACGAUGUCGAACAGGCUUCAGAACUGAUGUUCGAUUGGCCUGCAAGAUCAGCAUCUUUUUUACAGAUCCAAAGGCUAUCCUCGAAACCUAUCGUCGCUUCUAUGGGCCCAUUGUCCAGACUCGUUGCUCAUUGUGUUGAGAAUGUGCGGAAUCCUCAAUUGGUGGUUGAGAUUCGAGACUAUCUAUUGUUAUUUACGACUGGACUUUUACAAAAGUGGCAGGGAAACAAGCUAUCUGAAAUCGAUCCUUCUGAAGAAUCGACGUUCUUGACCUCUGAUACGCUUCGAAUCACCUUCCCAGCGCUCUGGCAUAUCUUAAAGACGGUUCUGUUCGCCACGGUGGUCAUUCUAAGAUCAGUAAUCGGACGAACUUUGAUCGAUCCCGUGUUGGCUUCUGCACAACUCGCACCAGUAACUGCCUCUCAGACACUUCUAAUUCUUUCAAAUCUCCACUUCAUCUCAUCCCGCGCGGGCUCAAACGCCUUCUCAGCCUAUACCUUUGUUAACCUGACCUCGAUCGACAUCUUGACUCGCUUUCCUACUUCCUCUCUCGCCUUCCUUCGCUCCAUAUACCCCCUUCACGCUGGUCAAAUCCCAUCCCACCCUUUACAACGAAACCACGACCUCUUCUACCUUAACACCGCCGAGCACUUCACACUCUGUCUCAAGUCCUCGGACAUUGAAACCCUAAUAGUGAUACCCUGUACCCCUUACCUCUCUCCCACCGCCAACGCGCACCUCCUCGAGAUCUUCGAAGCCGCCCACAGCAGCAUGCUCGCCGUGCUCGCCUCUCCCCAAAACGAAGCCCUCACCACAAAGAUGCUCCCCCUCUACGUCGAAAGCCUCUUCACCUCCUUCCCGCGGAACCUCUCGCCUCGCCAAUUCAGAUUCGCGUUCAAAGCCCUGAUUCAGAUAUGCACGCCUCCAAACCCGCUCUCGAGAUCCCAGCCCCUGAUGGCAGAGACCCUGCUCGAGCUCCUACACCACCGCGCGCUUCACGCGCCUACAGCACCACUACCCCCCUCCGUUGCAGUGCGGUCCGAAGCUGAUGCUACUGCCCAUCCCUCCCCUCUUUCGGAACAGGCAGUCCUCUUGCUCACGCUCCUAGACGCACUCCCGAACGUCACGCUGGAAGCGCUAGAGUCGUGGCUGCCGCUCACAGCGGAUCUCCUGAACGCCGUGCCUGACCCGGCGAUGCGGGAGGAGUGCAAGAGGCGGUUUUGGGAGGUGCUGGAAGGGGGUGAGAUGGAUGUUGAGAGGAGCGCUGUUUGUGUUGCUUGGUGGGGGACGAGGGGCGGUAGGGAGAGGGUUUUGUUUGGAGAGGGGGAAGUGCAGGGGGAGAAGGGGCCAUGGAUGAGUGGGGGGCUGGGGGGAGGGGGAAGGGAAAGUAGGCUUUGA